AUGGCAGGGACACAGAGAAUGCCACCUUCACCUACAAAUGGGGAUAACCCUCAACAACAUGGGGGGAGGAAGCGACCAGCCCAGGGGGAUGACGACGAGCCCCUGACCCUCACAACAUUGCUUGCUGCCUUGAAGGAGAACCGUGAGGAGAUUGUGGUUAAGGUGCGAGAGGACAUCGAUGUGCUCACCACCCGUGUUAGCACAGUUGAACUCACGGUCGAUACACAUGUCAGCAACACAACCAAACUGCUCGAAGCCAUGACAGAUCGACAUUGUGCUAUGGAACAGAGUGUUCGACAAGUCGAUAGCACACAACAAGCUGUUCUCGAACGACUUGCAGCCUUGGAGGGGAAAUUCGCGAAGGCAAAUUUUUCCCUUUCCAGUACCAGAACUUCAGAGAGCGACGGGGGAAACCCCCGGCCAGCAUUGGUGGUCGGGGGAUGGGAUGCUGAUCAGCAUCAUGAAGACACGCUCCGACUCGCGAAACAACACCUGCAGGACCUCAACGUGAACCUCGAUGUGAGCCAGGCUUUCGUUCCUGGCCUCCGUAGAGGGUUCGCUUUGGUACCUCUCACAAAGCUCGACGGGGAAAGUGACGAAGAGCAGCGAGUGCGAAUCCAGGAGAUCCUCCGCACUAUCAGAGCGGCCAAGGUUGUCACAGGACAACGCCCGGAAGGGGGAAACCGCUACUUCUUCGCCGCCCUCAGCCAGAGCCCUGAGCGGCGAAAAAAGGCGCAACUCGCCGGCAAAGUGAAGAGGCUUAUCAUCGAAGAAGGGGGAGAUGUUCGACGCAUCGACGUGGAGUACGGGACCGCCAACUUGUGGUAUAAUGGCACCAAAGUGGCCUCUGGGGUCACCUCAGCCCCCGAAGGAGCCUCAACGGAGAAAGCGGGAUGGGUGCACCUCGGUGCACUUGCAAGACAGAUUGGCAUCUCCGAAGACGCCGCCCAGAGAAAUGAUCUCAGGCAGCUCGAAGCCAUUUUGGCACCAAAGCCCCAUGACCGCUUGCACGUCAUGAGCUGGAACGUGGGGGGACUUACAGCUGCAAAAGCAUUGGAAGUCGUCUCCGCCCUCCGGCAAGCUCGAAUUCGACCUUUUUGUGAGUCCGUGAUCGUAUUCAUGCAGGAGAUCAUAUGCGACACGGGGAAACACCACGCCUCCUUGGAUGAGCUGCAGAUGAUUUUCGGGAAACGUGCUGAAGACUGGCGCGGGAAUGCUGUCAAAGCUUGCUCCGCUAAAGGGGAAUCCAUGCUGGAAUGGUUCGAGGAGCAGCAGUGCCAUAUGCCACCCCAGGAACUGGAGAAGCCGACACACUUCCCCUACAACACAGCCCUCGAGCCUCGUCGUUUGGACUACAUCUUCGUGAAGAAACUACUGUGCGAUCCGGGGGAGGUUUUAGCCCAUCGGGACAUCGCGACUUCAGACCAUGAGCCAGUGACCGUGCCUCUUACUGAGAUGCAUUUUAAAGCACCAACUACAGGGAAGGAAGCUGUUCCUUGGUCGUCUCGUAUUUUGCGAACCACUGGCGAAGUUGACUCAGCGCUUGAUCGACACCUCAAAACCGGGGGAGACCCCGUCCUCCUAAUUCAGAAAGUUGCAGUGGCCAUUACAAAACCGGGGAAGCAUAAGGAACCUUUCAAGGAAUCGACCGACUUGAAGAAGCUGCGAAGGCAAGCCCUACAUGCUGAACCCGGGGGAGAACGGCGACGACUCUGGAAGGAUGCCAGGAAGAUGUACCAGCGAGAACACAGACAAUGGCGACUUUUGGCCAUGCAGCGAGUUGCCGAAUUGGACUGGGGCAUGAAGAAAGCACUCGUCGAACAGGCUCGCGACCACUCGUGGGAAUUGAGCCUCACUGAGCAUGAUAGCUGGAAGAAAGACCUCCGCGAGCACUUCGAGAAGAUCUUCUGCCGCCAAAAAGCCAUGCUGGUCAGCACUGCCAUCGGGGGGAUCAUGCACCGCCUCGCCUUCCUUUGCAAACACAAGACAUGGAGGCCAUUCGAUAUGGGCGAACUAUGUCUUGUGAAAGCCAAAUGGAAGAAUGGCAAAUCCUGUGGUCCAGAUCGCGUGUCACAUGAGGCGCUCAAGGCCAUGCUCCCUCAUGCAGUCUGGGGGGAACGACUUUUGGCGGUCUUCAAUGAUAUGCUCUACACCUGUCGCAUUGUGGAAAGUGUUGAAGUUGGAGCCACCAUAUUGCUGGCCAAAACCAGCCAACCACAAGACUGGAGCGAGACUAGGCCAAUCACGCUUAGCUCAGUACUACUGAAGAGCUUUAGCCAACUGCUACUCCAACGUGCGGGGGAUGCAAUCCAGAGCCCCGCAAGACUACAGUGGUGUCGCCGGGGAAGACAAGGAGUGGAACUCAUCCUUAUCCUCCGGCGCCUGGCCCGGAUUGCACGAGACUGGGGGCUGGAAUUCUACAUCGCAAAAUUGGACAUUCGAAAAGCCUUCGAUUCCAUCUACCAGGAGAGCCUUGCCGAGCACGUGUGCAAAACUGUCGGGGAAGCUGCAGACCUCCCAUGGGAAGCUCGAGCCUGGGUUGCACUCUUACACGCCCAGAACAUCAACGUGGAAAUCGCUGGGGAAAGUAUCCCCAUCCAGCAGAGCAACGGGGUUCGACAAGGUGCCCCGGAAAGUCCUGUUGCCUUCGGUGCUGUUGUAGCAGCAGACCUCGGCGCUGCCAUCGGGGAAGCAAAGGCCUCCAAACCAGUCGGGGAUGACUCCCCCCCGGAGGAUGGCGGGAGCUACAUGGAUGAUAACUACAUCUGGUCUACCUCCAGAAAGCACUUUCAGCACAUGCUGACCUCCCUUGCCAACAAGCUGCCACGUCGUGGACUUUUCCUCCACCCGGGGAAGACAGACAUCGUCAGCACGAUCGACAAAAGUGUCACCUUCGAAGUUGCCGGCGAAUCCGUGGCCACAAAGGAGCCCAAACACAUCUUCCACGUGCUCGGGAGCCCCCUCUCAUUCCAAGGGGGAACUGCUAUGCUACUGGCUGAAGCUCAAAGCCGUGCGAGGAAGGCCUUUUGGACACACCGCGAAUCCUUCACUUCGGAGGCCAGCUUCAAGAAAAAGCUCCUGAUCCACGUGGUGCUCGUCAGACAAAGUGCACUCUGGGCCUGCCAAAGCUGGCCCUGCCACAGCAGCCUCCUACGGGGGAUAAACUCCAUUCAGCUGUCCCAAGUCAGAGUCAUGCUCGGACUCCGUCGACAGCCCUGCGAAGAGUGGGCAACCUGGAACAAAAGGAGUUUACGACGAAGCCGACUUGCGCUCUACCACUGUGGGGGAACCAGAUGGUCUACCUUCGUGUUGUCACAGAUUUGGACAGCGAUCGGCCAUUUGUGCCGUGGAGACCCUAUUGGGGGGAAGAUCUUCCAAUGGCACAGCUUGCAGUGGUGGCAGGACCAAAAAGACCGUGGUGUACAUGUCCAGCAUGCACAGCGAUUCAAUGCCUACAUGGACAUUGACAGACAACUUAGCGAGACGAUCGGUCGUAACUGGUUCUCCAUUGCCCAGGACCGAGAGACGUGGGGGAAAUGGAAUCCACCUUCAUCGAGAGAUACGACGUCCCAUGGAGCAGUGGCAAGCAAGGAAGCCUGA